AUGAUCUCCAUCUUCCAGACUGUGGCCCCCUAUGUGCUCCUCCUGGGGCUCAUGAGAGCGGCUGACGGGAUGCCAGACCCCGCCCAGAGGGACCUGCUGAUGCGUCAGGAGGCGUCCAGGCAGACCGGGGGCCGGGUGGCCCUGACGGCGGCCGAGCAGAAGCUGGGAGCAUCCCUGCAGCGGCAGAAGGAGCGGGAGAUGUCUGCUGCCCAGUUCCCACCGGCCAUUCACUUCUUCAAAGCAAAGCCUCUCAUUCAGAAGAGCUCCAUCUUCAAACUGCUGCAGAAGAUGCCUAAAGGUGCAGCCCUCCACAUCCACGGCUCCACCCUGGUCGGCGUGGACUGGCUGGUGAGAAACGUCACGUACAGGCCUCACUGCUACAUCUGCUUCACGUGGGACAACUCGGUCCGCUUCCUGUUCUCCGACCGCCGGCCGUUCCCCCGGUGGGACUGCUUCCACUGGCAGCUGCUUGAGACCCUGCGAGCCAAGAUAGGAGACCCCACGAGCUUUGACAGCAGUUUGAUGCAGCACCUCACUCUCUUCACCGAGGAUCCAGACAACGAGUAUCCAGACCAGGACGUUGUGUGGGAGAAGUUUGAGAAAGCCUUCAUCGCAGCAGCGGGGCUCAUCACCCAUGCUCCUGUGCUGAGGGACUACUUCUACAAGGGCCUGGAGGAGCUCCUCCAAGACAACAUCAUGUAUCUGGAGCUCAGGAGCGGCAUCUCCAAGACGUACGAGCUCGACGGGACCAUUCACGAUAAGGUCUGGACUCUGAAGACGUUUCAAGAAGUCACAAAGAAAUUUGUCGAUGAUCAUCCAGACUUUCUUGGGGCUCGCAUCAUAAUUUCUGUCCACAGGGCUCUGAGUGUGUCUGAGGUCAAAGGAGCCAUAAAAGAGGCCAUUCAGCUGCAAAAUGACUUCCCAGACAUCGUGGCAGGGUUUGACUUGGUGGGCAGGGAGGACAGCGGCAGGUCUCUGUGGUACUUCAGGGAGGCGCUCUCCAUGCCAGCUGACCUGGGGGUCACGCUGCCAUACUUCUUUCAUGCGGGAGAAACAGACGACGAAGGCACCGACGUGGAUCAGAACGUCCUCGAUGCCCUUUUGUUCAACACCACCCGCAUUGGGCACGGCUACGCUCUGGCACACCACCCGCUGGCGAAGGAGCUUUCCAGGAGAAGAAACGUGGCUGUGGAGCUGUGCCCCAUCUCAAACCAGGUGCUGAAGCUGGUAUCAGACCUGAGGAACCACCCGGCCGCCGUGCUGAUGUCCGAGGGCCACCCGAUGGUGAUCAGCUCCGACGACCCGUCUCUGUUCGGCACCACAGGCCUCUCCUACGACUUCUAUCAAGCCUUUGUGGGCAUCGGAGGCUUGAAAGCAAACCUGGGCACUCUGAAGGAACUGGCUCUCAACUCCAUCAGGUACAGCUCGCUGCCAGCUCACCUGAAGGACAGGGGCCGCCUCAUGUGGCAGAAACAAUGGGAUACUUUCAUCGCUGAUCAUUCGUGACUAAACCAAAACGGAUCCUUUGGACUUGAAUGUUUGUUUAAAGACUCCACCCUAAUUCAACAUUGCCAGCCUAUUAUUUAUUUAUAAAAAUGUUAAGUGCCCUCUUGGUAGCCUGCUGUUUAUUCUGUGAAAGGAAAAGGCUGAUACGAGCGGGAAGGGGAAGGCUGCCCUGGUGGGAAAUUCAAACAGAAAAGCUCUUUCCUAUGCAAAGCAAAGCAAAAACUGAAAAUCACUACUGCUCUGUGGCAGUUCAGGUAUAUAUAUAUAUAUAUAUAUCAGUGUCAAAAGCCGUAUAAUAAAAACUGAUCACAUCUUGGGAUCCAGUUCACGACUUCACCCUUGAAACCAAAGCAAAGAUUAAGAUUAAGUUUAAUGUUUGGGGAGUAAGGUGCCUUGCUCAGGGGCACUAGACAGGGUAGGGAGAAUCCUCUUGGAUUUUUGGACAGGUCAAUCCAGGUUCGUCCUUUUGUUGUUUCUCCGUUGAGACGAACCAGAGACCUUUUCUGCCCAUAGUC